AUGGCUCCACAUUCGGGCAUUAAUACCGAUGAUAUUCGGGAAAAGGCACGCAAGGAUCUUCUGGACUUGCUCGAAGGUGUCCGUGGAAAGAAGAACCUGGUGAUUGAAAAAUCACUCGCGGGACCUAUCGGGAUCUUUGUCAAGUUCUCUACUCUUCAGGAUCAUGGUGUCGACAAGAUCUUCUUCCUGGAGAACGACAACGUCGAUGCUUCUCAAAAGAAUGUAAUCUUCUUGGCGAGAGGAGAAAAGGCAAAUCAGCCUAUCGCUGUUGCUGAACAGAUUAAGCGGUUACAGAAGCAAAGCAACAUCGACCAUGAGUUUUCUGUCGUCUGGGUUCCACGGCGUACGCUAGUAUGCAACAAGAUCUUGGAAGAAGCAGGUGUCUUGGGUGAUGUUGGGGUUGAGGAACUCCCUCUGCACUUCAUACCGUUGGAACAAGACGUGCUUUCCUUAUGCCUCGACGACUGUUUCAGCGAUUUGUACCUGCGGAAGGAUCCAACCUCGAUUUUCCUGGCUGCUCAAGCGCUCAUGCCCAUCCAGCAAGCCCACGGCCUGUUCCCACGCAUCAUUGGUAAGGGUGAUAAUGCGCAUCGGUUGAUGGAGCUGCUGUUCCGCAUGCGCUCGGAAGCUGCGGCGGACGAAAGCACUACGUCUAAGUUCGGCUUGAUGCCAAGUGCAUCUGUCGAGAGCCUGGUCAUUAUAGAUCGAGAGAUUGAUUUUGCAACCGUGCUCCUGACUCAGCUUACCUACGAAGGCCUGAUAGAUGAAAUGUUCGGCAUUCAGCACAAUCAAGCAGAGAUUGACUCGUCUGUCGUUGGUCCAGCGCCAGGAGCUCAACAGUCUGGAAGGACUCCAGCUGCGCCAGCACAGCAAGGCUUGAAGCGUAAGAUACAGCUUGACUCUUUCGACAAGCUUUUCGAACAACUUCGAGAUACCAACGGUGCAAUAGUGGACGGCUUGCUGAACAAGGUCGCUCGGCGCUUGCAAAGUGACAUGGAGAGCCGUCAUACAGCCAAAACCACAUCUGAGCUCCGAGACUUUGUAAAUAAACUUCCAGGAUACCAAACCGAGCAGCAAAGCCUGAAAACGCACAUCGGUCUGACAGAAGAGAUUAUGAAGAAUACUCAAGGCGAUAUCUUUCGGCGCACUCUUGAAGUCCAGCAAAAUCUCUACGACGGCUCCGAUCCAUCAUACCAACAUGACACCAUAGAAGAACUCAUCUCUCGCGAUGUCCCACUCACUGCCAUCCUCCGCCUUCUCUGCCUCGAAUCCUGCAUUUCAGGCGGUCUGCGACCCAAGGACCUCGAAAACUUCAAACGCCAAAUUCUCCACGCUUACGGCUACCAACAUCUUCUUACCCUGGACGCUCUCGAAAAGAUGGGGCUCCUGUCAUCUCGGGCAUCUGCAAAUGUACUUCUCAACCCUAUCGGUAUGGGUGGCGGUGCAGCCGAAGCUACGAAGACGAACUACAACUAUCUACGCAGGGUCCUCAAACUUGUGGUAGACGAAGUCAACGAACAAAAUCCUAAUGAUAUUGCCUAUGUCUACAGCGGCUACGCCCCUCUGUCCGUCCGCCUUGUCCAAUCUAUCAUCCAGAAACAACACCUCCUGACCAUCACCAAAGGAGCCUCCGCCGCCUCCAAUGGCGUCAGCAGCGCUGCGCAUGGCUGGCAAGGCUUUGAAGAAGCACUUCGCAAUACCAAAGGGGAGACUUUCAAUAGAGUGCAAAAAGGAGACGAUCAGGCGGUCAAGGCGAGACACAUGCUUGCGGGUACUGGGGGAAAGGCAAAGACUGUGGUGGUGAUGUUCUUGGGCGGGAUUACAUUCACUGAGAUUGCGGCGCUGAGAUUUGUAGCGAAGAGUGAGGAGGGGAGGAGGAAGAUUCUGAUUUGUACGACUGAUGUUAUAAGUGGGGAUCGGAUGAUGGAGGCGGCGAUUGAGACAGGGGAUUUUGGGAGAGGAUAA